UUAAUCAUCAUAAUCACAAUUAUUAGUUUGACAAUUAAUCGUCUUGCAAAUGUCAUAAUCGUGACAGCUCUAGUGUAUAGCAAACAUAAUGUACAGAUUUACUUGUGUCAGUAACUGUCUUGAGACGAGUUAAAAUGACUUUGUGUGUUAAUCAACAGCAUGUCCAUAGAGUUUCAGAAGCAUUUAUCCUGUAAUAUUCCUAGAAACAAUUGAUGAUGUUUUCUUGUGAUUUGUGUUGACAGUAUUGAGGAGGAUGCAGCAGUAUGCAGUGGAUGUGACUCUGGAUCCUGAUACAGCUAAUCCAUAUCUCAUCCUGUCUGCUGAUGGAAAACAAGUGAGAUGUGGAGAUAUUAGACAGAAACUCCCAAAUAAACCAGAGAGAUUUGAUACAUGUGUCCGUGUCCUGGGAAAGAAGGGAUUCAGUUCAGGCAGAUUUUAUUUUGAGGUGCAGGUGAAGGGAAAGACUGACUGGUAUUUAGGAGUGGUCAGAGAAUCCAUUAACAGGAAGGGAUCGAUCACACCAAAUCCAGUGAAUGGAUUCUGGACUGUGUGUUUGUUGAAUGAGAAUGAAUAUAAAGCCUGUGAAGAUCCUCUUGUCUCUCUGUGUGUGAGAGUGAAGCCACAGAAGGUUGGUGUAUAUGUGGAUUAUGAGGAGGGUCUGGUCUCCUUUUAUGAUGUGGAGUCCAGCUCUCAUAUCUACUCUUUCACUGGUCAGUCUUUCACUCAAACACUCUUUCCAUAUUUCAACCCAUGUCUUAAUAAUAAAGGUAAAAACUCAACUCCACUGAUCAUCACACCUGUCAGUUACAAUUAAUGAAUUUACACCACAUAAAUAUAUAAAACUACAUGAACAUUAGAUUUGUACAUUUCUUAAAAGAAAAUAUGAGGUAUGGUUGCUAGGGAGAUCUGGAUGGUUGCUAGUGUGUUCUAUAUGGCGUCAUUUUUAUAUCACCAGAACUUGAAUUUGAAAAAGUCUCCCAAUUCAUGAUCUUCAACAAAGACUGGGUGUAAUUUGAUAUUAUCGAAAAAUGUUGCUGUUCAUUUUUAAUAUUUGAAAAUAUUUUGUGUGAAUUCACAUUAAAAA